CUACAAUUCAAGAAACCAAGGUAUCGCAGCGGUUGUGAGAACAACCAAGCCAUCAUCUUACAACAAGGCUUUGACAGCAGCCAUCUCGCCCGACCAAGGUGCAUUUGCAAAAUGAAGCUCAACGAAUCCAUAGCUGUCUCCACUGCAAAUGUGCUCUUGGUGCCAUAUGACCGCCGCCAUGUCCCGACCUACCAUGCCUGGAUGGAAGAUCCCGCCAUCCAAGAAGCCACGGCGUCUGAGCGCCUGACGCUCGACGAGGAAUACGAGAACCAGGAGUCAUGGCGGGUGUCCCACGACAAGCUGACCUUUAUUGUCUGCCAGCCGCUGGCGCCCGUCGCGACGGCUGCGGCAACCACGGUGGUCGUGGCCGGCUCGGCUGACGCGCCGGACACCAUGGUCGGCGACGUCAACUUGUUCGUCUACCCUUACGACGACGACGACGACUCUCAAAGUGAAGGCGGUGAAAAGGCGGAGCCAUUAUACGUCGUCGGCGAAAUCGACAUCAUGAUAGCCGAGUCGAGGAACCGCGGCCGCGGCGUGGGGCGGGCCGCAGUGCUGGCCUUUCUGAAUUACGUGUCACGGAACCUAGAGAGCAUUUUGCACGAGUUCGGCUGCGACUCUGGCGAUGCUAUCGAGGCCAAGCAGCAGCAGCAGCAGCAGCAGCAGAGUACCCCCAGACUAAAGGUGCUCAUGGCAAAGAUCAACGAGGGCAACGCCAAAAGUAUUGCCCUGUUUCGCAGCUUGGGAUUCGAACAAGAGGGCCAGGUCAACUACUUUGGCGAGCUGAAACUGGUGCUCCGAGAUCUCGACAAGGCCAUCUCUGCGAUUGCCCCCGAGGGAUAUGUUGAGCUAAGCUACGCAAGAGAAACACAGGAGACGCUCGCUACUCCCUGACUGUGCAGACAAACGGCCUAGAGUGGCUGUGGUCUAGGCCAGUCCGUGUCUGCACCC